AUGAAAGGUUCACCGUCCAGUGGGACAGCCAAGCUUGGAAUGAUGAAACCUGUCGGGCAAAUCAUCAGCCGUCGUCCACCUGAAACUGACCGCAAUAGGCACGGCUUUCAAUCUGAUAGGGACCGUGGCGUUUUCAACGUUUUAAGCUGCCAAGAUUCAUACCAUUCGCCGCCAGGGCGUCAUCGGGUUCGGUCUUCGAGUCGUGCUGCUGGCAACCCAUGUUUACCAAGUCCCGCGAUCGCCAAUGGUCGACCACCAUCCAAUCCUUGCUUCAACAGUGAUUCGUCACCGCUACCCGCGUCCCGUUUCCCCCGAUAUAAGGCCACGGCCCAUCUGUUACCAGGAGGAAAGAAGAAUGCCGCAACCCGACAAAAAAAAGAA